AUGGCCAAGGUCAGGAAGAAGAAGAGAACGCACAUCCCCCACAAUGACACCUCCGCAAAGACGAGUCAAGGCGCCCGCCGGCCAAAGAGCAUGGUCAUCCGCAUGGGCGCAGGCGACGUCGGAUCCAGCGUCACACAGCUAUCAAGAGACUUUCGAGCAAUGAUGGAACCCGACACAGCGAGCAGAUUAAAAGCAAGCAGGCCCUCCUCCGAACGCCGCGCGAACAAGCUAAAAGACUACACCUCGAUGGCCGGGCCGCUGGGCGUUACGCACCUCUUCCUCUUCUCGCGCUCAAACUCGGGCAACGUACACCUCCGCGUGGCUCUGCAUCCGCGUGGCCCGACACUCACAUUCCGCGUCGAUCACUACGCACUGUGCAAGGACAUUGCCCGCGCCCAGAAACACCCCCGCGGUGGGGGCACAGAGUACCUCCACGCGCCGCUGCUCGUCAUGAAUAACUUCACAUCUGCGGAGGCGGGGGGCGAAAAAGAUCCGAUCAAGAAACAGCUUGAAUCCCUCACGACGACGGUCUUCCAGUCCAUGUUCCCGCCAAUUUCGCCGCAGAGCACGCCCCUCAGUUCCAUACGGAGAAUAUUGCUGCUAAACAGGGAGGCGCAGGCUGACGGGACGUAUGUGAUCUCGCUGCGCCACUACGCCAUCACCACCCGCCGCACGGGCGUGUCCAAGCGGAUCCGCCGCUUCGACGCUCGCGAACAGCGAUUGCGGGAGAAGAAAUCGGGCGCCGCGUUGCCCAACCUGGGCAAACUAGAGGAUGUGGCUGAGUACUUGCUCGAUCCCGCGGCGGGGGGCUAUACAUCCGCCAGCGAGACGGAGUUGGACACGGACGCUGAGGUUGAAGUCCUGGAGACGACGACGCAGAAGGUGUUGAGCCGCAAGGAACUGCAGAGGCAGCAAGAGGCACGGAAACAGAAUGGAGAAAAAGACGACGUGCCCGACUCGAGUGCGCGGACGGCCUCGAAUGUGGAGAAGCGGGCGGUGAAGCUCGUUGAACUGGGGCCCCGCAUGCGACUUCGGAUGGUGAAAGUCGAGGAGGGCAUCUGUGAGGGACGCGUCAUGUGGAAUGAAUUCGUGACGAAGUCCAAGGCCGGAGAAAAGGACCUCGAGGCGAAAUGGACGAAAAAGCGGCAAGAAAAGGAGGCGCGGAAGAAGGAGCAGCGCGAAAAUGUGGAGAGGAAGAGGUUGGCGAAGAAGAACGCCAAGUUGAAUAGUGGCAAGGAUGGGGAUGGUGAGGGCGAACAGAGCGAAGACGAGGAAUGGGACAGCGAUGAAUUAGACGCUUGGGAUGAGGAUGAUGAUACGGCGGACGAGGGUGGUGGAGAAGAUGGGGAGCAGGAUGAAAUGGAGGAGUAG